AUGGAAAAGAACCUAAUACAGCGGUAUAACAACGCAAGCCUAUUAUUUCUAUUCAAACGAGCUGCUACAACAUUUCGGGUCGAGGACUUCGAACGACUCAUGGGACAGAUUCGUAGAGUGAGCGAAAGAGUGCACGAGUACUUAGAGCGAGCGGGAUAUUCAUUUUGGUCCAGAGCACUAUUUAUUGGACACCGUUACAAUAUUAUGACAAACAACAAUGCAGAGUCGUUGAACUCGAUGUUGAGAGAUGUCUGGUCGUUACCGAUAACCUGCUUGGUUGAACACAUUCGGAGUAUUAUGCAGAAGUGGUUUUACGAACGUCGAGUAAAUGCGGAAGAAUGCAGUACCUUAUUGACACCAAGGAUGGAGAACGAGCUACGGACGACUUUCGAAAAUGGAACUAGGCUUCGAGCCCAUGCCCUGACAAACAACUUGACGCAGGUUGGAAAAUCCAACGACACGGACAUAGUUGACUUGUCCGAAGAAACCUGCACAUGUCGUGAGUUCCAACUAAACUGUAUGCCAUGUGUUCAUGCAAGUCGUGCUGCUUGCUUUAGAGGGAAGACGUUGUACGAGCUUUGCUCCCGUUAUUAUUCAUCGGACUACUGGAAGGGUGCCUACAGCGAAACUAUAUAUCCUGUUCCGAGGGAAGUGGAUUGGGUUGUUCCGAGCUUAAUUACAUGUACUCCUAUUUUCCCACCACUCGUACGUCGUCCUCCAGGUAGACCACCAAUCCGCCGUAAGCGUUCUAGGUAUGAGUAUGCAUGGUCUACCAGAAAAUGUACCCGUUGUGGUAGAGUCGGUCAUAAUCGGACCACGUGUUCAAACCCCCGUGUAUCACAUGCUCCUUAA